AUGUUUGGAAAUCGACCAAUUCAUCAGAUUUUGGAGUCUGUUUCCAUGACGGAAGGCAAUGGCCAUAAAAUUAUCGUGGGAAUUGAUUACGGGACAACAUUUUCAGGGAUCAGCUACGUAACAACAGAAAGGAGUGAAAUAGACGACAUCAACAUUAUCUCCGCUUGGCCUGGGGAGUCUGCCAAUGCCCAUUGGAAGGUCCCGACACGGAUUGCAUACACGAGGGAAAACCCAAAGCUAUCCAGGAACAAAUGGGGUUUUGAGGUUCACCCUAAGUUCAUAUCGUACUCUUGGACCAAGCUCUUGCUCGAUAAGAAUGCGCUUGUGGGAGAGUAUGACGAUCCUGCUCUUGCAGAUUUGGCGGGCCAGGGAAUGAUGAAGUUGCCAGACUUUCGUACAGCUGAAGAGGUUUGCGAAGAUUUCCUGCACGAGUUGUAUAUACACUUGACGUUGAAGUUGAGUGAAGAAAUGACCGAGUCAACAUAUGACGCUACCCCCAUGGAAUGCUGGAUCACACUGCCAGCAAUAUGGUCGGACGAAGCCAAGGAUGCAACGCUAAAUGCUGCUAGGAAGGCAGGGUUUGGGAGUCGGCCUGAUGAUUCUAUUUUUACAAUUGCAGAACCAGAGGCGGCAGCUAUCGCAACCUUGAAGAGGUAUUCUGGAUUUAAUGCGUUGAACCAGAUCAAGCCAGGCGACCAUAUACUUAUUUGUGACUGCGGCGGUGGGACUGUUGAUAUAACCACAUAUACGAUUACCCAAGUUCAGCCGUGUCUGGAGUUUGAUGAACUUUGCGUUGGGGUUGGCGGAAAGUGCGGCUCGACUUACAUCGACCGAAAUCUUCACUCUCUCCUCUCAAGGCGGUUUGGAGAACCGUUCGACACUAUCCCAUUUUCAAAGAAAGGCCCGGGGAGUAAGUUCAUGAUAUCUUUCGAGACGGUUAAACGAGAUUUUGGACGCGAUGAUGAUGAUGAUGACAUACGAGAACUGAGCGAUCUAAAACUUGACAUACCGGAUUCUGAAUUUUACGAUGAAGAAGACCAGGUUGUGAAACUUACUUACAAGGAUAUACAGGGUCUUUUCGAUCCCGUUGUUACAGAGAUCUCUAAUCUAGUCCACCAACAAGUCAAAGAGGCGAGGAGGAAGAAGGGCGCAGCGAUUGACGUAAUAUUUCCGUUCCUUGACUUCCACAAUGGCCAGAUACUGACCUUGAUGAUUCAGCGAAUCAUUCUUGUUGGCGGCUUUGGUGAAUCGCCAUACCUCUACAAGGCUCUCGCAGAGUGGGGCAAAGCCAAUGGAAAUAUAAAGUUAAUGCGUCCAGAGCACCCGCAAUCUGCUGUAGUUCGCGGCGCUGCCCUACGUGGUCUCGAAGGAAUUGCUCCUCGCAUGAAACAAUCUCGACGGCAUUACGGUAUUGGUAUUAAUAUGCCCUUCAGGGAAGGCAAGGACCCAGAAGAAAAGUCUUGCCUUGAGAAAUUCGAAAACAAAAAAUAUUGUCGUCACAGAGUUGAAUGGCUUAUUUCUAAAGGCGACAAGAUUUUCCAAGACACUUCCAGGAAGGUAACUGUUGUGACCAACUAUACUCCUGAGGAAGCUGCAUCUACAACUAUUAUAUUAUAUUCAACCGCAUUAAACGAUCCCCCAGAUUAUUAUACGGAAUCAAGAGUUGAAAAAGUCGGAAAUGUUGUUUCGACAUUCCCCAGAGGGUUUGAUUUCGGUCGAAGUUCUGAAACAAAAUUCAACCCUCGUCUUAAUAAAACCAUCUAUCAGAUUUCUCAUGAAGUGGAGGUUAUGUUCGGAAAUAAAGGAGAAAAUCUUACAUGUAGAGACAUUUUGAACGGUCAAGUAGUAGGGACAGCAACGAUUCAGUUCGAUCGUCAUUGA